CUCCUGACGUGUUCACUGCUCAGGUGAGUUCUCGGCGUGAGGAUGGGUGUCGUCUACUCCGAGCCAGUUUGUCAACUGGCUUCACGUGGUGAUAUCCGUCAGCUGUUCCAAGUUCUGAAGAAAGACCCAGACAGCAUUAACCGUCAGGACCCACCCACUGGGGACACGCCACUUAUUGCCGCGUGCCGCCGUGGGAACUUGAAGGUGGUCCAGUACCUAUUGGACAACGGUGCUGAUGCAACACUGGCCAACAAGAAACAACGCACAUGCCUCCACUACGUGUCUAGGAGGACGUUCUCUCUGCUGGACCACCUGAUGAUCAUCAUCCUCAUGCCCAUCCUGUUGCUCGGUUACUUCAUCAUGUUGCAGACACAAAAGAAAAACAUCUCCCUGAUGGAAGAAGUGCUGAAAACUGACGUGGACAUCAAUGCAGUUGACUACAAGGGAAACACUGCGCUACACUACGUCUGCGCGAGAAAGAAUCAGCGCCUGGUUCCUUUGCUGCUGCAGCUUGAGCCGGAUGACAGCAUUGUCAACCACGAAGGGGAGACCCCUCUGGACAUUGCCACCAGACUCCGGUUCCACAAAAUCGUCCGGCUGCUGAGGGAGGGGGCGUGACCACACAACGACAUCAUCAUCGUCAUCGUUGUCGUCGUCUUGACUCUGAGAAGCACUUCUUCUUGUUCACUUCAGUCUUAAUCUGCUCCACCUGAAAGCUCUGUCCUGGCAUCUCAUUUACAUCACACAGCUGUUUGUUUCCUCCAGGUACUCUUGUGUUAUGCUAGGUGAAAAGAUGGUAUGAGAAUCUGAAAUGUGAAUAAUUCAAAUUUAUUUUGUAAACAAGACAUUUUCUUAAAAAAAAAGAUUACAGUAUCAUGGUUGGUCUCUUCCUUGAUUGAUG